AGAAGUUAACGGAAGUAAGCGUUGACCAAUAACAAUUUUCACGUUAGCGUUUUUGUUAGAUUCAUUAACACAAUGGAACUCAAACUAUGACUCAUUUAACUGCACACCAUCACAUAUUUGCCCAAGGUAGUCUUUAAUUUUGCGUUGGAGACAAGACUUGGUUGAUAGAUGUUAGGUAACGCUAGCUAGUAGCUGAUAACAAUGGAUAACGGUAUGGUUUUUCACACUCAAAUAGCCUCCAUUAUGGAGGUGCUAGCGAAUGCAGCCGUGGCAGAGAUCUGUAAACUCGUAGACGACGAUUAUGCAGUGUUUCGUUUGGAAAUGUCCCAAAGCCAGAAAGAAAACAGGGGAUUGCGGAGGAAACUACAAAUACUGGAACUGAAGGUGGCACGGGAGCGCGCAGAGAGGACAACGCGAGAGCGCGUCCUCGCCAGUCGUCCCAGUCGUGUCAAGAUCCUCGACCGAUACAGAGGAAUGGCAAGAGGUGAAGGACAUCUCACUGGAGGCCACAGGAACUUUGUGAAGCCAGCGGGACACUGUACAUGGAGAGAUGACCAACCAAUCACUGUUGAUGAGGGAAGUGGAACCUCAACCCAGCACGUUAUCAUGAUAGAGUCUGCAGAGGCAGCAGGUCCUGCAGUCAAGCUGGAGAGGUCGGAAGGAGAAGAGGACUCAUGGCACAGUAGAAACAUCCAGACUGGAACGGCUGGCGUGCACCCUGUAGCCACAGAAGACCCCACCACCGCCACAGUGCAGCCCAGAACCCAACACAGCAUCACGGAGGUCAGUGGAACGCCGGAGGAGGAGGAGGGUCCAGAGGUGCUGCGGAUGAAGGAGGAGGGGUGUGAGGAGGGUCUGUGGAACCCUGAGGGGAACGUGGUCAUGGAGGACAACCAAACUACACCUCCUCCUGACCCCAGAGAGGAACUAGCUGAGCAGCACAGGACCACAUAACGAGCCCACUGUGAACUACUGUCUGUAUGGUAUUAGGUCAGGACCCAUAUCCACAAAAUGUGUCAGAGUAGGUUUGCAGAUCUAGGAGCAGUUUUGCCUUUUCUAUUUGGAAGGAUCCUAGAUUAUCACUUGUACUCUGAGACUAGGUGCCCAGGUCUUGAUUAUUUUUGUUUUUAGUGUGGGACGAUGCCUUUGAAUUAUUCAUUGAUUUUAUUACUUGACACUCUUAAAGUUACAUGCUAGCUGUACCUGAAGACUUCCAGUCUUUGCGCUAAGCUGGUUUGCGAAAUUGCCUCUAACUUCUUGCAUACUGGAUGCAGAGACGUAAAAAUGUUAUCCACAGGUUAAUCUGACUGAAGAAGUAGAUAAUUGCCAAAAUCACAAACUAUCCCUUUAAAGACUGUCAAGUAAUCAAAUCAACUAACACGUUUGCAUAGUAUUAAUUGCAAUCCCUCAUUGUCCAAUCAGAAGAUGCUCCACAGCAAGGUGCUCAUUUCAGAUUUAUUGAUCUAACAUCCUCUCACACUGUAUCUCUUACAGCCAGUAGACAUGGAGGAUGGGAAGCCUGAUCUUCUGCUAGUCAAAGAGGAGACAAUAGAAGACGGACCAGUGAGCAUUGAUCUGCUGAGUGGACUAAAGAUGGGGGAGCAAGAUGGUUGGCUGGAAGCUAACAGAGGAGACUGGGAGGCCAUCUUGGAUUCCCAGACAGGAGUAGCCAAUGGCCCAGGGGUCAACAUAACCGAGCAGGCCAGGACCAGAGGCGACAUAGUGGAGUCCAUGAAGACCUGCUGAUAUCCCGUGUUGCUUGCGGGAGAGACUGACUUCUGAAGCUGCUGAUCACAAAUCCUGGUCCCGGAUUGGACCCUGGGUCAGGAGCCGUUUCUCUUCCUUCCCAAGUCGGAACCAGGGCCCAAUCGUGAGGGACAGAGACUCCACAACAACCACUACACAGAACACAACCAGUGGACAGGUGGAGUGAACAACCUCAGUCCUGGUGGUCAUCAGAGAGACAGAGGCUCCAGUCAGGGAUCCAGUCUGCAGCCCAGACCCUUCUCUUCACAGUCUCAGUGCAGGGAUGGAGCAGGGCCUGGAGCUGAUAGAGAUAGACACUCCUGUUCUUAUGAUACAAACACCACAGUAUCCAUGAUGAACAGAGCAGGUCACCCUGGGCUUCAGCCUUCACAGAGAGUAGUGGGAGACCCCCCUGGUGGGAGUCUAAUAGGAAGUCUGUCUUCUCCUUCAGGAUCCCGCCUAAUGCCUGGUGACUGGGUUCAUAGAAAGCCUGGAUCUGGGUCUAGCCUUCCUCAGUUACCUCAUGGUUACCCCACAAAUACAGACAGGGUCAGGAUGGGCAUUCAUCACAAGAGGUACCUAGCCUAUAACACAGCACACAAUCCCAACAACACCUAAACAAUGACUAUAGGUCAAGGAGGGAGCUCAAAACUAACCACCUGUGGGCGGUAGCUCCUGCUUCUACCUCUGGUGCCACUGGGUCAGAGCUUGUGAGGCCGAGCAUUAGAACGGACGCCGACAAGCCGUACGCCUACCCCACCUGUGAGAAGCGCUUCGCUCAUGCGAACUAUGUGAAGAGGCACCAGGCCGUUCACACCAAGGAGAGGCCAUUCAAGUGCAAAUUAUGUUACAAGAGAUUCUCCUUCCUGACUAACCUGAUCAGACUAGGAGUGUCCACAACGGGGAGAAAUCGUAGCAGUGUGGCAUGUUAAGUGUCUUGGGGUAAGAGGGUAAUUAACCACAUACCUCUCAUUAACCCUUUGUUAACUUGCUAUUUGAAAUUGGAUUGUGAAUACCUAUUUUUAUGAGAGUUGCUAACACACUUUUCUUUCUAAACGAGUGUGCUCUCAGCUUUAAAGACAGUGAUAACACAUAAUUUGAUGUGUAAUGUUAUAUGCAGUAUCUUAUUUCAAAGAACAGCGCAAGUACGUUUUUCAAUGAAAAGUGACCAAGAACAAUUUCCACAUUAGCGUUGUUAUUUAUGAACACCCUGGAACUCAAAAUAUGACUAAUUUAACUGCACAGCAUCAUAUAUUUACCCCAGUUAGCGUUUAAUGCGUUCCAGUAACUCAGAGCUCACCAGGUCAUCCACCUCUCCUGCAUAUUUUUUGUUCCGGCACCUCCCGAUUUACAAAGAAAUCACUGAUUACAUGAUUAAAUAACCAUAGUUAUUCUAUAACAUUGCCUAAUUUUUUGCAUCUUGUUUUCGUUAUAUUGUAAGGCCUAAAUUAAAUGUACAAAACAUGUUUGUAUGUAAUAAUUCUUGAAAACACUUAUGGCCAUUUAAAAAUAAAAAUAAACUCCAAUGGCUCCAUAUUGUUAGGUACAUGAAUCACAGUAUUAGAGGUGGGCUUGACUGUGAUUAACAUUUUAUAAUAUUACGUAAUGUUUCUCUGUGUACAGCAAAUAGUUUUUUCAGGUAGCCUAGCGGUUAAGAGAGUUGGGCCAGUAACCGAAAGGUCGCUGGUUUGAAUACCCGAGCUGACUCGGUGGGGAAAACCUGUUGAUGUGCCCAUGAGCAAGACACUUAACCCUAGUCGCUUCUGUAAGUCUUUCUGUAUCAGAGCGUCUGCUAAAUUACUAAAGCGCAAAUGUAAUAAACCUUUAUACUUUUCUGCACGAUCUUUGUUUGCAGUCUGCAGUCC